GUGUGCCUGAGCUUCCUAUAUUAACGACUGCUGACACCGACCGACAUGAGGCUGACGGUGGGCGUGAUCGCCCUUUCGGUUUUGCUCGCUGCGUCCGGCUGCUGCGCCAAACGGACAAUAAUUACCAAUCGUAAUUUACUUGAGGACAUUUUUGAAUUUGUCGACUUGGUCCCUCUCGACGAAAUCGAAGCUGUGAUCAACAAGUGGAUCGACGCAGAUGCGACCGUCUCCACUGUAUUUGAGUUUUUGCAGUCUGCCCGAUACAGGGAGCUGAUAGACCAAGAGAGCCACAUUGCCGAUUUUCACGCUUACUUGCAAUUUCUGCAGGACUCUCGCGCCCCUGCCUACGAUAUGUGGAAUUUGUACCGAAUGUAUCUAGGACUGGAUCAGAUCGACCCCCCUGCGAUUAAAAAACUGGCCGCGAACCGGCAGCUCGAUUCGGCGCCUCUGCUAUCCAUGGUGGACGAAUGCCUGGCGCAAAUCAACAAAGCCGACUUUGAGAAGUUGUACAAUAGGAAAUUGGUGGAGAGCGAGGAUUUCAAGUAUUUCGUGGACAGGAUGAAUACCGAUGAGCAUAUUAAUGUGCAAAACGCUCUCAGGGAGAAUCCGCAAUUUAAGGAAAUCGUCGAUGAAUAUCUCGUGAAUGGCUAUGAUAUGUACGGCGUGUUUAGAAAAAUAUUCACAUUCUUCUUUCCUGACUCUGAAUUUUAUAAAGGAAUUUCUUUGCAAGAAAUGGUGAAUUCUAUUUGUUGCAGAGAAAAUGAGAAGAUGUCUUGCUGCAAGCAGGAAUUAAAACAAAAUUAAACUAAUUCAGCAAAGUAAUAAAAAAAUAAAUUUUCUUUUUCUCAUUUUUUACUUAUAACAAUAGCAGCUCAUCUUCAGUGCAGCUUUAGCCUUUGCUUGUUACAAUUCAAGAAAUUAAAUUAAACGAAUUAUAGAUUUAACACGGAAUGUUGCAGAAAAUCACAGUUAAUAAAUAAAAUUAAUAAAUUGCAUUGAUAUUGUUUGUAUGUCCACAUUU